AUAUCAUGUCAGGUCGAACUUCCUCACGAGAUGAUUGGUUGUAUAUUGUAAGCAUGGCCAGUCCAAAAUUCAUUCAAGUGUCUAUAAUCCAGUGCUUCAGCAAGCAUGGCUUAAAAGUACUUUAGUCAAAUCUACAACAUAAAAAGUUAAACACAAAAAAUUCUAGACACUUAAAAUAAUAUAAAUAAUAAGCUAUGAACAAUGAGAAUCUGAAUACCUCCCAAACUUUAAAGUUUAAGGCCGAAACCACAUUAAACCGGACUUCAGUAGCCUAUUGUUGAUUUGAGGGGUCAAUUAAGUCCAUGCCCAUUCAAGCCAGUGCGCAGUGACAAUUUUUUUUGUCAUCAUCCAAAGUCCAUAGAACUGAAGCAACGACUUGCUCUAAAAGACGGAAGUUGUAGGCAAGUGGAAAAGAUUUGUUGGGCUUGCUUCUGAACUGCGGGCUCUCUUUGGGAAGGAUGUCAGCUCAGUUUCUUCCAUCGUCCAAGCAGUGAUCUACUGAGGACCUACCAUGGGGAAACGAGUGACAGUCACUUAUGCGUUAUGGGCGAUGGCUGGACCAUUGGGCCUGCACCACUUAUACUUAGGAAGAGACAGCCAUGCACUGCUGUGGAUGCUCACCUUCGGGGGCUUCGGUGUGGGCUGGUCUCGAGACUUCUACCGAAUCCCUGCCUACGUGUCCGAAGCUAACAAGGAGGCAGCAGGUGUGAGAAGAAGACCUGCGCCCCCUGCUGUGGGCCCGGUACGAUUGGCCGGGCAGGUCUGUGUCGGGGUCUACUUUGGCGUGGUGGCUCUCAUAGGCCUGAACACGCUCAGCUUCUUCUACCUGCUGGUCCUGCCGCUGUCGGUGGGUGCAGGAGUGCACCUGGUGUCCAGCGUGGGCCAGCAGACCUCAGAUCUCCACAAGACACUGACGGCCUGCGUGGUCACUUCCCCUAUCUUUUAUGGCAGCAGCCUGUCUCCUCUGCCUAUCAGUCUGGCUGCCAGCUUCACAGCAGCCCAGCACCGCAAGUUCAAACCCCCUCAGUCACCUGAGAGUCAGAAACUAGUGCCACGGUUGACCCGGCUGGCUUUGGCCUGGCUGGCCUUCUCCGCUCCUCUGGGAUACUGUAUAUUCCACAACACCACCGCUACGCUCUACUACAUCUCAGACUGUUUGGCAGCCCUGCUGGAUGUGUUCUGGUUCUUUCCCUGGCUGCGAGGUGUGGUGGAGUACCUCCUACUGAUACCCUACAGGAUGCUGUGCUUCUUCACGGGAGGGGGAUAUACUGAGGAGGCCUGGAAGAAGGUGCUAGAAAUACUCCUCAAGGAGUACAGUCACCAAGAGAGAGAGGCAUUAAGGGUUUUGUCAUUGACCGAGGAGGCGUCUCUGGAGGACAUCACGCACAGCUACAGGGAGCAGGUGAAGGUGUGGCAUCCAGACCACAACCCCAGCCAGGCAGCCCAGGCAGAGGAGAUGUUCCUAAAGAUCCAGGAAGCUUACGAGAUUCUGCUCCGAAGGCACAAGUUUGAUCGACACAAGUGACUCGCCCUCAACGCACACUGACCCUUCAGUGGUCUGGAGGAAUGCGUUGUGCUGUGCGAGUACUGACUUUAAAUAUCAAGCUAGUUAGUAAUCACACCAAAUCACUGUCACAUUGUGGAGAUGUAUUUUCAUCAAUUUUUCAUCAGAUACCAACACAAUACCAAGAUUUCGUAAUUAUAGAUACCAAUUAUUUUAAGGCUUUGUACUAUGCAGUGGAUUACGUGUUUGUCUCUCAGAUGUAAUGAACAAUCAGCCCAAGUCCUUUGCUGACAUCUUGUGGCAAAUUAGAGAACAUCAUGUCCGCAAGUAAGUGUCAUGUUUAUUAGAAAUGUGUUUAUUUGAAAUAAAGCGUUGAGACUAUUUCUGGCUA